AUGUUGUCAGGAGUAGCUUUGAUCACAGGCGCAGGAGGGUGUGGAAUUGGUUCAGCGAUAUCCAGAGCAUUUGCGAAAUCAGGAAUAUCGAAAUUGGUUUUAACGGAUCUUAAUUCCAAGACAUUAGAACAAACCAUAACGACCAUCCAACAGUCCUCCAACCUAAGUGAUAUCGAAGUGAUCGGAUUAGAUGGUGAUAUAUCAGAUACAAGAUUUGUCGAUACCUUGUUCGCUGAAAUCAAGUCAAAAUAUGGUAGAUUAGAUUACGCAGUUAAUUGUGCAGGUAUAUCAGGUAAUAAUAAACCUACGGAUCAAAGUGAUUUAAAUGAUUUUGAUAGAAUUACAAAUGUCAAUUAUAGAUCGUUAUGGUAUUGUUCCAAAAAAGAAUUAGAGUUGAUGAAAUAUCAAUCGAUCCAAAGUGAAUCCAAGUUGGGAUUCGAAAGUCUGAGAAGACAAAGAGGUAGUAUAGUGAAUGUUGCUAGUCAAUUAGGAAUUGUAGGUAGACCAGAUGCUCCCAUAUAUUGCGCUUCGAAACACGCAGUCAUCGGUUUAACGAAAUGUGAUGCGAUAGACGCUUCACCGUUCCAAGUACGAGUCAACGCUAUCUGUCCAGGUAUCAUUCACACUCCAAUGACGGAUAAUGCACUUCGACCAGGACUCAAACAAGGUGAAAAGGAUCUACAAGCACCUAUGGAUUUAACAACAGCAGUCAAUAUAGCUCCUAUGAAACGUAUGGGUACACCUGAAGAAGUAGCUGAUGUAGUAGUGUUCCUGAGUUCAGAAAAAGCAAGUUUCGUUCAAGGUGCAAGUUGGGUCGUUGAUGGUGGUUAUACAAUCAAUUAA